AGUCUCAUCCAGUUUUAUUUCACAUUAGAAAGCGGUUGAUUUUCGUCUAGUCGUACAUCAAGUUCUUAUAAUUUUCCUUGUUAAUUUUAUCUUGUGCAACACAUAAAGUCACAAAAGUGUACAUUUUUUGUCUCGUCCACAUAAUUGCAUAAGUUUAUUUCUGCUAAAACAAAGAGAAGGGAAAGAGAUCCUUCCCAUCCUUCGUCGAAAACAAGAUUUUUCUCAAAGAAUCUUGAUCGAGUGUUGAGAAGUUGACCAAAAUUAAUUUGAAGCUAAUUUCACUGCUCGCAUCUCUAUAACAUUCUCAAGAAAGUGAUUUAAAGUGUAAUUAAGUUGAAAAUUCUAUAUGAUUUACAUUUUAUGAGUUGAAAGCAUAAAAUCGAGUAUUAAAAGAGUUAAAGUUCUGAGAGCUCAGAACAAAAACUUUUGCACAAGUUUUAAAGUUCAAAAAGUACAAGAAAUCUCUCAUUCAGAUACUUCCAAGGAUUACACACUCAUUAAGCUGCUUGUAAGACGAACAAGUAGUUAAAAAAACGAGAAUCAAAAUCCGCAAAUCUAAGAUUUGGGCUUAGGAAUAUUAAUCAAAGAAUUAGGAAAUUAAUUAAGCUCAAAAGUGCAUACCUGUCACAUUCUACAUCCACUGGACAAUCAACAUUUACAAAGAAAAUUAAAUCAAACACACGACCACUGAAAACGUCCAUCCAAGAUAAAAAAAAAUCAAAAUCGAAAAAAAGAUAUAAAAAGCGUGAAGCAAAAUGAUUUCAAACGGCUUAGAAGCAGUACAGCAAAAUGGACGCUCAGGUUCUGUUGGAUCCACCGACGACAUCAGCAAAACAAACUUAAUUGUGAACUAUUUGCCACAAACAAUGUCACAAGAGGAAGUUAAAUCAUUGUUUGGUAGCAUCGGAGAAGUUGAAUCAUGCAAAUUAAUUCGUGACAAAGUCACAGGUCAAAGUCUAGGCUAUGGUUUCGUAAAUUACGUACGUGCAGAAGAUGCUGAUAAAGCAAUAAAUACUUUCAACGGAUUACGUUUGCAAAAUAAAACCAUCAAAGUAUCAUUCGCUCGGCCCAGCUCGGAUGCCAUAAAAGGCGCAAACCUCUACGUGUCUGGUUUGCCGAAAAGUAUGACACAACAAGACUUGGAAGGGUUGUUCAACUCAUUCGGACAAAUAAUAACAUCUCGUAUAUUGUGUGAUAAUAUAACGGGUCUUUCAAAAGGAGUUGGUUUUAUUCGCUUCGAUCAGAGAACUGAAGCUGAACGUGCUAUUCAGUCGUUAAACGGCACAACGCCCAAGGCAUGCACUGAACCAAUCACGGUUAAAUUUGCAAAUAAUCCAAGCAAUAAUAUCAAUAAGGCAAUUCCACCACUGGCAGCGUAUUUAACACCAGCUGCUGCAAAUUUAAGACGCUUUCCAACUGGUCCUAUUCAUCAUAUUGGUGGACGCUUCCGUUACUCUCCGUUGACAGGUGACUUGAACAAUUCAGUGUUAUCAGCAAAUGCCAUAAAUGGCUCAGGUUGGUGCAUUUUUGUAUAUAAUCUCGCACCAGAGACCGAAGAAAAUGUUUUAUGGCAAUUGUUCGGUCCAUUUGGAGCAGUUCAAAGUGUUAAGGUUAUUAAGGAUUUGCAAACCAACAAGUGCAAAGGUUUUGGCUUUGUCACGAUGACCAAUUACGAUGAAGCUGUAGUUGCCAUUCAAUCACUCAAUGGCUACACGUUAGGCAAUCGGGUCUUACAAGUUAGCUUCAAGACCAACAAUACAAAAACUAAAACCAAUUAAGAUUUAAUGAAUCCUUUGAUUUUAAAUUUAAUUUAAUUUAAACUUUAAACUUUUUCUCUCUUUCACUCUUUUUCAUCUACGAUUGCAAUUUCCUUUUUAAAUCUCUUUCUAUGUGUCCAUUUGCUUAGUUUAAUACUUAAUAAUACUUAUUAAAACAAAACAAAAUAAAAAAAAGGGAAAUGAAGUUGUGAGGGAAGCAGUUCCUAAACCUGCUUGAAAAUUUCGUUUGUUUUCGAGUUAAAUGAUAAAAAUAGAAAACAUUAAAUGUUGGUUUAUUUCUAUUUAGGAUAAAUUUAAUAAUGAUGGAAUGUGAAACUCAAAUAUUGUCUGGUUAAAUGGCACAAUAUUCAUUAAUGAAAACGCUUCUUCUUCUUCUGUUUUUUGUUUCUUUUUCCAAUAAAUUUAAUAUUUUUUAUUGAAAAUUGAAAGCUUUCGUCAAUUGUCGUCAUAAAAGAAAUAUUUACUUAAAGCGUUGCAUAAAUGUUGAAUCAAUUUAUCUGUAUUUUUGUCAUAGUUAUUCGAACAC